AAAAAUAUCACUAUUUCCUAAUUUUAUUCUACCUCUUCUUUCGUUUUUCAAAAGAACCUUCCAGGACUCCCCUUUUUUUUUUUGUAUAAAUUUAAUUAUGUUUUUAAAAAAAUAUAUAUUCAAUCAAAUUAAUUACCUAGCUAGGUAGAUAGCUAGAAAUUGGGAUUGAACUAAUUAAUAGUUCUGAAUUCUUAUACUACUGCUCAUCUGUUUUAAUGAAAGUUUGGAAAAUACAAAAGAAAAUGUUGUUUAUAGCAUAAGGUAGGUAGACAAAAAUAUCUUUAAACCCUAACUAGCUAUAUAGUUUUCAGUCAUCACUCAUCUCUCUUUAAAAUGGGUUCUUCUUAUUACCCUUUACAUUUAUUUUAUUUUCGUAGAGUUGAUUGAGUUUGUUUGAAAGAGGGAAAAGGAUUACCAAUAGAAAAAAAAAAAUUGGAGUAUACUCCGUCUUCUUACAAAGGUUUGGUGCAUCGAGAGAUAGAGUGGAUGUCGUCGUCGUCCACGAAUAAUAAUUUAGCAUCAACGGGAGCAGCAUCGACAACCAAGAUAGAGGUGGUUGAUGAGGAAGAGGGGAACAAAUCGGUAGUAGUAAUAGAGAGGGAGCAUAUGUUUGAUAAAGUGGUGACUCCAAGUGAUGUUGGGAAAUUAAAUCGGUUAGUAAUACCAAAGCAACACGCAGAAAAGUACUUUCCGUUGGAUUCAUCCAACAACGAGAAAGGGUUGCUGCUGAAUUUUGAGGAUCGCACGGGGAAGCCGUGGCGGUUUCGGUAUUCGUAUUGGAAUAGUAGCCAAAGUUAUGUGAUGACCAAGGGGUGGAGUCGGUUUGUCAAAGAGAAGAAGUUGGAUGCUGGUGAUGUUGUUUCGUUUCAAAGAGGUGUUGGUGAGAUUGGUAAAGAUAAGUUGUUUAUUGAUUGGAGGAGAAGGCCUGAUGCUUCUACUUUGCUACCUCAUCAUCACCAGUAUAAUAAUCCGCAAUCGAUUUCGCAGUUUCAUCAUCACCACCACCAUCAUCACCGGAAUGUUGUUCCUGCUGCUGCCGCGGCUGCUUGGGCUGGUGCUAGUCCGACUUUUGUGUUGAGAUCUCAUCCGCACCCUCAUCCUCAUCCUCAUCCUUAUUCUCAGCCUUACCCUUAUCCUCCGCAAGGCGGGGGAGGGGGAGGGGGAGGGGGUGUAGUUUGGGACCACCAGGGUAGUAGUACUACUACUCAUCAUUUAUCUAACAUGAGUCUAAUGAAUGUGAUACCUUCUUCACAAUCACAUCCGUUUCGAAGGGGUAAUAACACGAGUAUUACUAGUGGUGGUGUUGGUGGUUACGGAUUCGGGUUUGGGAAUGCAGUCAACCCUCCGCAGUAUCCAGUAACAGGAUCCUUGAUAUUUCUUAGAUCUUCAUCGUCAAUAACACCAACAUUUGGAGCAUCAUCAUCAACAACAUCAUCGAUACCACAAAAUAUUGAAGAUCAUCAUCAGCAUCAGUUUGAGCAGGGUGGAGGAGGAGGAUCACUGAUGCAGGUGCAGAGGGAGGAAGGUGGGGUUGAGCCCAUGGUAUACGAGUCGGUGCCGGUGGUCCAAGGCAAAGCUGCAGCUAAGAGGCUCAGGCUAUUUGGCGUGAAUAUGGACUGCCCCAUCUCCCAUCAAACUCAUGAUUUUGACAUCUUGUCUUCCUCUUUGGCAUCCUCGUCCACCCCCAACCACCCUUCGCCUCAUCAUCAUUAUCUUCUUCAACAACAACAACAUGACCAACAACAGCAUAAUACUACUACUACUACUGCUGCUAUUUCAAUGGGCCCUCCUUCUUCGUCUUCAUCUUCUUCCUUCUCCUCCUCGCCUAGCCAACAACAACACCACCACCUUCUUCCCUUGCAACUAAGGUCAUUCUACGGCGGCGCCGGCGCAUCUCCUGUCAAAGGCAAGUCAUCCACAUCAUCAUCAUCCAUGUCUUUAGAUUUGGACAUAUGAAUCAAAAUCCUUUCAAAACCAAUUUUUAUAUUUUUUUUAACAUCUAGCUCAAAUGUUAGACUACAUCAGAAACAAAGAUGCAGAGAGAACAAAAGGGUUCAUUUUUUUUUUUUUUAAUUAAUCAAAAAAACAAGAGGUAAUUUAAGUAAGAUCAUUAUUAUUAUAUAAUAAGCUCAUUAUUCAAAAAAUUGCAGCUUAUUAAUAUAAUUAGUUUAUCCCCUCAAAUGUAUCAAUUGCUGUAAUAGAGGAACACUAGAUAUAGUAGGUCUAAAAUACCCAUUAACCAUCCUAAAAAAAAAAAUCAUGUAUCCCUCUCAAGUCACAACCAUCACAGUACACACCAACGUUACUGUUCGUACCGAGCCGCAUUCACAAAGGAAGAUUGAUCAAAGACGAGUCGAAAGCGCCCAAGAUCAGUAGUACUACUUCUCUCAGUCCUACUAUCAUAUUAGUCAUCAUAAUUUCUUUAAUUCAUGUAAAUUACAUCUUAAUUAUAUAUCUAUAUAUUAUAUUACUGCAUUUGACUUAUAUAAUUAUAUGAAUGAUACAACUUUUUUUUUUAUUUAUUAAUUACUCAAUCAUGAUCAAAGUUAUAAUAAUUUGGCAUGCUGGUGUAUUAGAUGUACAUCCAAUUGAUCAAAGUUUCCAAAUUUCAAUAACUGCAGUAUUCAGUCUUUUUCUUAUUCUGUCUCCUUGGAUUGUUUCUCUCUCCUACUUUCUUUUUCUGCAGCUGUGUUUCUGCUAUUUAAUUCUUAACGAACUUUCUGA